AUGGCCUCAAACAUCCUCCAGGUUCCCUUCCGCCGCUCGCAUACCGUCUCCCUUUCAGCCGCCCUGACCCAAUACAUCUCCUCCAAAUAUGACCAGCGCCCGGAUAUGUUCGCAGAUGAUCUGCUCAUUAUCGACCGGUUACGAAGCGAAGCUAUAAACGUUCAGGAACCGCACGUGAGCGGAAUUAGUCGGCUGGUCAUAUAUGCGGCGCAACUGAAAUGGCUUGGGGGGAAGUUCCCGGUUGAUGUUGGGGUCGAGUUCCCUUGGUAUCCCGCUUUCGGUUUUAAUACCAGCCGGCCAGUCUCGCAGGAUAACAUCCGGUUCGAGCUCGCAAACGUCAUCUUCAACCUCGCCGCAUUGUACUCGCAGCUCGCAUUUGCCGUGAACCGCACAACAUCUGACGGCCUCAAACAAGCAUGCAACUACUUCUGCCAGGCAGCUGGUAUCCUUACACACCUACGAACCGACAUCAUCCCGGACAUGCGCUCGGCCCCGCCGGAAGACAUGGACGAGAUGACGCUACAAAGCCUAGAGGAGCUGCUCCUUGCACAGGCACAAGAAUGUUUCUGGCAGAAGGCUGUCAAGGACGGGCUGAAGGAUGCGUCGAUCGCGCGACUCGCGGGCAAAGUGUCGGAUUUCUACGGAGAUGCGUGCGACCACGCCGUCAAAUCGAAUGCGAUUAGUCCGGAAUGGAUCCACCAUAUGACGGCGAAGCAGCACCACUUUGCGGCUGCAGCACAGUACAGGCAAUCGCUGGAUUGUUUAGAGAAGCGCAAGUAUGGCGAGGAAGUGGCACGACUACGGGAUGCCGUGGCUUGUGUGGACGAGGCGCUGAAGGAGAGUCGGUGGAUUAAUCGUACGGUACUGGGUGAUUUGCAGGGGUUGAAGAAUCGGGUAUCUGAGGAUUUGAAGCGCGCUGAAAAGGACAACGAUAUGAUUUAUCUCAACCCUGUACCGCCCAAGUCGGAGCUGAGGCUUAUCGACCGCGCCAGCAUGGUUGCCGCUAAGGCACCAUCGCAGGUGACGGAUGCGAUCUCUAUGCUGGGAGACAAGGGGCCGUUGGGGCAGCCGUUGUUUUCGAAGCUAGUGCCGUAUGCUGUGCAUAUUGCAGCUAGCAUCUACUCAGAUCGGAGAGAUCGUCUGGUCAACGAGCGGAUCAUCGGCGAGUUGGAGAACAUGACCGACAAGCUACGCGAUCUCCUAUCGUCUCUCAACCUUCCAGGCUCAUUACAAGCCCUCGAAAAACCGCUUGGCCUCCCACCGAGCCUUGUCUCUCAUGCCGAAGAAAUGCGUCAACAAGACGGUCUCAACCGUCUCCGCAAGUCCCUCCUGGACACCGCCAAAGUAAAAUCUAACGACUACGCUGUCUACAUCGAAGGCGUGGAACUCCUGGCCGCCGAAAAGGCAGAAGACGAUGCAUCGCGUCGCAAGUUCGGCACAGACCGCUGGUCGCGCCAGCCCUCGGAAGUCGCCGCUCCAAAGCUAUACACCACCUCGCAGGAAAUCAACGGCUACUUCACCUCCGCCGAUAGUAGCGAUAAGCUCGUCGAGCAGAAACUGCAUGACUCCGAAGCUGUCUUUCGCGUUCUGACCGGUACGAAUCGUGAUCUCGAGGCUUUCGUUCCCAGCAGCCGGCGCGCGACGAUACCGCCCGAAGUUGAGCGUGAGGUUAGCAGGCUCCGCAGCUGCAUCAGCGAAGUCAACCGCCUCGAAAGCCGACGCAAGCGCAAGGCUCAAGCCGUCAAGGAUAAAGCGCGUGCAGAUGACAUCAGCUCUGCACUUGUUCGUGAAGCAGCACGGUUAGAGCGCGAGUUCCCAAUGCAGGCCAUUCAGGCUAGCCAAUUCGAGGACCUGUUUGACUCGCGGCUGCGCGAUUAUGACAUCGAUCUGGAUAUGGUUGCGCAGGAGAUGCACGACCAGGACCAGAUCUCCGCGCAGGUGCGUGAGGCGAACCGUGCGUUUACAAGGGCUCAUACGGGGGACGCUUCCACCAAGGAGCGCGAGAAGGCCCUCCAGGAGCUGGAGAACGGGUACCUGAAGUACAAGGAGAUUAUCUCGAACAUUGAAGUGGGCCGCAAAUUCUACAAUGAUCUUGCGAAAAUCGUGGGGCGGUUCAGGGAUGAUGUCAAGGCCUUCGUGCAUAAGAGGCGCAUGGAGGCUAGUCAGCUUGAGCAGGAUAUUUCCAGCGUCGCAGCGAUGGCAUCCCUAAAUAUCUCGCCUAUCCGCCAACCCCCACCGCAACCAGCACCACCACCCGCGCCGGUGUCUGCUCCUGCACCAGCUCCAGCACCGACACACUUCCAACCAGUCCAGCCCCAACCUCAAGCCAUUCCUCCACCUCAACAACUGCAGCCUCCUCGAGAGCCGCUCACGGCACCCCAGCCAACUCGCAGCGUCCCGCAGAUGACGCCCGGGAUGUGGUCUCCCGAAAUGGGUAUACGGUUCGGACCAGGCAGUACGUCGUCGGCGCAGUCGCAGCGAACUUGGGAUCCGUCCAAGGGGAUGAAGUUCUCAUGA